GGCCCCGCCGAGCAGCCAUGGCCGCGCCGCUGGAUCUGCAAGACGAGCUGCUGCCUCAGGCCAGCCCCGGGUCCCAGUGGUUCGGGGAUCAGGAGGAAGGGGUGGACGACCCGGAGACGCCGAGAGGGGCCAGGCCCGAGCUGCCGGCGGGGGAACCCGGCUGGGGCUUGGGCACCGGGGCGCCGCGUGACGAGGGCGCGGGCCCCGCCCGGCCGCUGCCCGUUGCCAUGGAAACUGCAUCCACAGGUGUGGCAGUUGUUUCCAGUGCCCUGGAUCACUCCUUUACGACACCCAAAGAUGGAGAAGGAGUGUGUUACACUUCUCUGAUUUCUGACAUCUGCUACUCACCCUACGAGGAUGCUACAUAUUUCACAGGAAGUUUUCAGAAGGAAAACGGCCACAUCACCAGUUCAGAGAGCCCUGAGGAGCUGGGGUCCCCUCGCCCUCCCUUACCAGAAGUGCCUGGGAUGGAGCCUCAUGGGGUGUUGAGUUCUGAUUCUGGAAUAGAGAUGACUCCUGCCGAGUCCACGGAAGUGAACAAGAUCCUCGAGGAGCCCUUGGACCAGAUGAAAGCAGAAACCUAUAAGUACAUUGACAUUGCCCGGCCAGAGGAGGUGAAAUGUCAGGAGCAUCAUCAGCCUGAGCUGGGAAAUAAAGACUUGGACUUUAAGAACAAGGACAGUGACAUCUCCACAAAACCAGGAGGGAUUCGGGAACCUGACAAACCAGCUCCCGUGGAGGGAAAAAUCGUCAAGGACCACUUAUUCGAAGAAUCUACCUUUGCUCCUUACAUAGAUGAUCUGUCCAAGGAGCAGCACUCUGCUCCUCUGGUCAGUGCCCCCAUCAAGAUCACACUGACGGAAAUCGAACCUUCACUCGCAACUGCUAUCCAAGAAGAGAGCCCUGAGAAGCAGGAUCUCUGUCUGAAGCCAAGUCCUGACAUAGUCCCCACUGUCACCGUCUCAGAGCCGGAAGAUGACAGCCCAGGAUCUGUCACCCCUCCAUCUUCUGGAACAGAACCAUCUGUGGCAGAGUCUCAGGGGAAAGGCAGCCUCUCAGAGGAUGAGUUGAUCACUGCCAUUAAAGAAGCCAAAGGGUUAUCCUAUGAAACCGCAGAGAGCCCACGGUCGGUGGGGCCAGUGGCCGACAGACGUGAGGCCAAGGCCAGGUCUGGGCUGCCAACCAUCCCCAGCCCUCUGGACCAUGAGGCGAGCAGCGCUGAGUCAGGAGACUCAGAAAUUGAGCUGGUGUCAGAGGACCCCAUGGCCUCUGAAGAUGCGUUGCCCUCCAGUUAUGUCACCUUUGGCCACGUGGCCGGCCCGCCUCCUUCGCCCGCAUCCCCGUCCAUCCAGUACAGCAUCCUGAGGGAGGAGCGCGAAGCCGAGUUGGACAGCGAGCUCAUCAUCGAAUCCUGCGACGCCUCCUCCGCCUCCGAGGAGAGCCCCAAGAGAGAGCAGGACUCGCCCCCCAUGAAGCCAGGUGCCCUGCAUGCCAUCCGGGAGGAGACCUGCACCCGAGGGGAGGAGCGUACGCCCAGCCUUCCGGAGCCAGCACAGCCGGACCCCUUCCUCCACUUCCCCUUGGUUGGCCCCCAAGUCAAUCCCGAGCUGCCCUCUGCAGACCAAGCCCCCGAGCCUGAGGAUCCCACUUUGCUGUGGAAACCUGCAGAAGCAUCAGCGAGCUCCAACCAAAGUCCUGCAGCCCCGGAGGUCCCUGAGCCUGCAGGUCCUGGUGUUGCCCCCUCGCUGCUGCUGCUUCUCAAUAGGCAAAAAGGUAAAGGGACAGCUUUCUGGUUGAAGCUGGGUUGCCCGGUGAGUGUCUGUCCUUCCACUCUGGGUGUUCUGGGGAAUCAGCAGCAAGGCCUUCCUGGCUGACUUGGAGCUGACACCAUGCUGGUCACACAAAUGACCCAAGAACAACCAAGGGCUGAGAGAGGAGAAACACUGGCAGCAGUGACAUAGCCAUGUCAGAAUUAGGGGUGCUGGUAGGCCGAACCUAAGUACCCUUAAUACUAAGCCAUUUUGUGAACCCUCCAAGAGCACCUAAUGGAGGAUUGUGUCUUUCCGUUCAUUCCAGAGCUGGAAAGAGAUGAUUUUCUCCUCUCCUUCCUAGCUGACUUCUUAUUUCCCACUUCCUCAAUGACGGAGUGGCUAGCUCUCUCCAGGUUGAAACCCACCAUUAGUAAGGAUUCAUUUUG